CCAGCUUAUUCCAUCCCGCCCCCUUGCAAGACAUCUCUCCUUCUCACCUUCUUUCCUCUCCAUUUGUAUUACUCAGCCGUCGCGACGACUCCUGCCGCCGAUAGCGGUCGUCCUCAGCGGCGCAUAGAUAGCCGCUGUCAAGAUCCUCAGGCAAGAAGUCAGCGACUCCUCUCAUACUGGCCGAGUCUACGUACCGUCGGCGCGUUCGGCCGGCGGCAAUGGCGUCGUCACCUCCGUACCGGUUCCCCGCACUCUGCGAGGAGGAGCCGACGCGACGCUCCGCCAGGCAGUCAUGCGGGACAUGCAGCGCGGCGGCGGUGGCCAACUGCGUGGCACUGUGCUGCUGCCCGUGCGCCGUGGUGAGCUGCUUCACGCUGGCGCUCGUCAAGGCGCCCUACGUGGCAGGCCGGCGAUGGGUCAGGCGCGCCAAGACGCGGCGUGUCAGCAGGGGCGUGCUGCGGAAGACGAGCCGCGUCCGGGACUUGGACGACCAGCUGUACCAGGCGGAGGGGCUGGGCGGCAGUGGCGGCGCCGCGCGGGCGAGCAAGGAGGACGACUGGGGCGGGCUGGGCAGGGCUGCCGCCUCGGGCUGGUGGGAGAACACCAACGAUGUAAAUUUGCUCGGGGAUGGCAGGAUGAGGGUGAGCGUGACGGAGAAGGCGUGGAUGGAGAUGUACGACGUCGGCCACUGGGGCUUCGGCCGGCUGUCCUUCUCGCUGGCCAGAGACGCCGCGCCCGCCGCGCAGGUGGUCAGGCACGACCCAGAGCCCCAAGAAGAUGGCACUGUUGCUGCGGGGCGGUGACAGAGUUUGUGCGGCAUGCCACGCCUUGGAUAAUUGUAUUGUGCUACAAACUUUGUUG